AUAAUGUAAACGUAUAUGCUUUGUCAUAGCACAAUAGCAUUAGCUUUAUCUUCAUCACUCAUAAUAACAUCACAAACAUAAACUUAUGGUGCUAAUUAACAAUAGCCUUUGUGAUAUACUUCUUAGUACUAAAUCUCACACGGUGGAAGGGAAUAUUUAGCCUUUAAGCAACCUUUGCUCCAAGCAAUUCUAGAAUUACUCUUCCUUCUUUUUCAUAUUCAUUCCAUUUUAACUAAAAUUUCCAUUCCCUCUUCUUCUUCUUCUUUUCUCUCUUAGAAACUCUCUCUCUUUCUCUCAAGGUCAUAGAGAAUGGCAGUUACACAUGCCGACCUUGAACCGAAAAGAAGCAAAACAGAUUUGAGUAGCAAGACAGCAGCUUUUCUUAUGGUUGUCACAAUUCUAUUAGGCUUAUUAUGUUUCAUCUUAUGUCUCAUAGCCGAAGCCACGCGUUCUGAGGUGACGUGGAUGAAUAGAGACGGAAAAGAAAACGGGAAUAAAUCCGAAUGUGUUUACAAUAGUAAUGGCAAAGUUCCUUUGUUAUGCGCUGCUGCUGCUUUUGUUGGAUUAGCAAUUGCUUUGGUUAUGGAACAUACUUACAUGUUAAUAGCAGUCAGUAAAUCAUCACCUUCUUUACUGAAUUGGGAUCCUGAUUCUCCUUCUACUAAAUCCUUAACAUGGUUGGCUGGUUUUUUCUUCAUCGCAACUUGGAUUUGCUUUGCGGUUGCGGAGGUUUUACUAUUAGCAGGACUAAGCGUAGAAUCAGGCCAUUUAAAAAACUGGACUAAGCCAAGAACAGGCUGCUACACCAUAAGAGAAGGUUUGUUCUCAGCUGCUGGAGUGUUUGGUUUAACAACAGUCUUCUUAGCUGCUGGUUUAUACCUAACAGCGCUUCGCGCACAAAGAAUGUCGGAAGAGAUAGCAAGUGUUAGAAGAGAGGUUCUAGAAGCUUCUACCUUCUAUGCUUCUCCACCAAGAUCACCUCAAAGGCUUAAUAAUAUCACAACUGUUGCAAGAGAGAAUCCAACAAUAAUGGAGACUCAAAAUGAUGAGUUAUUAUUGUCUGUGUUUCCAACUCCUUUUAACAAAAGUUAUAACUUUGUGUGAAUUUAAAGAGAGUAUAGGUUGAUUUGAUCCUUUGGUUUGGUCAAAUGGGACAAGUUUUUAAGGUACAUGGAGAGUGGAGUGUGUGACAAAGUUACAUUUACAGCUUUACACUAACUAUAGAGAAAACAAAUCAUUGGAUUGUGUAUAUAUAUAACAUGUGAUUAUGAAUCUAAUUCAUUCACUGAAUAUGAACACUUUGAACUUUUCUUUUGACUAAUUGACUAGCUUUUGUGGACUGAAAUUGUUUACUUC